GGAAGCGAAAGCCGAAAGGCACAGAUAAGCUGAGAUCCAGCUAUGCAAACCAUGUUUAGAGACACUUAAAGGACAAGCAUCCCAGGUCCUUUCUUUCUGGUAAAUUUAGAGAAGCCGUCAUACCACACCGGAUCCUUUUUCACAUCCAGCCCAUGCGGACCGAGCAGCCAAGGCUUGACAGAGAGCUGGAGACCUGGAUAUCCACCAGAUCUGCACUAUUUCAGGUAAGAAUGCAGGAAAAAGAAAAAAGAAGUGUGACCGUCUCAUAGAAAGAAACACGGGAACCAUCAAGUUACACGUGCGUGAUCUCCCUCCCUCCUCACCAGUGUUGUUGACUUUGUGGCAAGAGGUUCACCCGUCAGAGCUCACUUAUACUCAGACAGCCGGGUUCCUGGAGUCAGAAUCUCUCUUUUCCUAAGGCCUGACUGCCCCAGAGCUGCACUUAGGUUGUGACAGCUGGAAGUCUCAUGUACAAUAUGCUGCGAUUAAGUCUCUCACCCACCUUUUCAAUGGGAUUUCGUCUGUUAGUCAUCGUGGCUCUCUUGUUUUCCCAUGUGGACCAUAUAAGUGCUGAGACAGAAAUUGAAGGAGAAGGAAAUGAAACCGGUGAAUGUACUGGCUCAUAUUACUGUAAGAAAGGGGUGAUUUUGCCCAUUUGGGAGCCCCAAGACCCUUCUUUUGGGGACAAAAUUGCUAGAGCUACUGUGUAUUUUGUGGCCAUGGUCUACAUGUUUCUUGGAGUUUCUAUCAUAGCCGAUCGGUUCAUGUCCUCUAUAGAAGUCAUCACAUCUCAAGAAAAAGAAAUCACCAUAAAGAAACCCAAUGGAGAGACCACCAAGACAACUGUGAGGAUCUGGAAUGAGACGGUGUCUAACCUGACCUUGAUGGCUCUGGGCUCUUCUGCUCCUGAGAUUCUCCUUUCAGUAAUUGAAGUGUGUGGCCACAACUUCACUGCAGGAGACCUUGGUCCUAGCACCAUCGUGGGAAGUGCUGCUUUCAAUAUGUUCAUCAUUAUCGCGCUUUGUGUUUAUGUGGUUCCCGAUGGCGAGACAAGGAAGAUCAAGCACUUGCGCGUGUUCUUUGUGACGGCAGCCUGGAGCAUCUUCGCCUACACCUGGCUUUACAUUAUUCUGUCCGUGAUCUCUCCUGGCGUUGUGGAAGUCUGGGAAGGUUUGCUUACUUUCUUCUUCUUUCCCAUCUGUGUUGUGUUCGCUUGGGUGGCAGAUCGGAGGCUUCUCUUUUACAAGUAUGUCUACAAGAGGUAUCGGGCUGGCAAGCAGAGGGGAAUGAUUAUUGAACAUGAAGGCGACAGGCCAUCUUCCAAGACUGAAAUUGAAAUGGAUGGGAAAGUGGUCAAUUCUCACGUUGACAACUUCUUAGAUGGCGCUCUGGUUCUGGAAGUGGAUGAGAGGGACCAGGAUGAUGAAGAGGCUAGGCGAGAAAUGGCUAGAAUUCUGAAGGAACUUAAGCAGAAGCAUCCAGAGAAAGAAAUUGAGCAAUUAAUAGAAUUAGCAAACUACCAAGUCCUAAGUCAGCAGCAGAAAAGUAGAGCAUUCUACCGAAUUCAAGCUACUCGCCUGAUGACUGGAGCUGGCAACAUUUUAAAGAGGCACGCAGCUGACCAAGCCAGGAAGGCUGUUAGCAUGCAUGAGGUCAACACAGAAGUGGCUGAAAACGACCCUGUUAGUAAGAUCUUCUUUGAACAAGGGACAUAUCAGUGUCUGGAGAACUGUGGUACGGUGGCCCUGACCAUUAUCCGCAGAGGUGGUGAUUUGACCAACACUGUGUUUGUUGACUUUAGAACAGAGGAUGGCACUGCCAACGCUGGGUCUGAUUAUGAAUUUACCGAAGGAACUGUGGUCUUUAAGCCUGGUGAGACCCAGAAAGAAAUCAGAGUUGGCAUUAUUGAUGAUGAUAUCUUUGAGGAGGAUGAGAAUUUCCUUGUGCAUCUUAGCAAUGUCAAAGUGUCUUCUGAAGCUUCAGAAGAUGGCAUCCUGGAAGCCAAUCACGUGUCUACCCUUGCUUGCCUUGGAUCUCCCUCCACUGCCACUGUAACUAUUUUUGAUGAUGACCAUGCAGGCAUCUUUACUUUUGAGGAACCUGUGACUCACGUGAGUGAGAGCAUUGGCAUCAUGGAGGUGAAAGUGUUGAGAACAUCUGGAGCUCGAGGAAAUGUUAUCGUUCCCUAUAAAACCAUUGAAGGGACUGCCAGAGGUGGAGGGGAGGACUUUGAGGACACCUGUGGAGAGCUCGAAUUCCAGAACGAUGAAAUUGUCAAAACAAUAUCUGUCAAGGUAAUUGAUGAUGAGGAGUAUGAGAAAAACAAGACCUUCUUCCUUGAGAUUGGAGAGCCCCGCCUGGUGGAGAUGAGUGAGAAGAAAGCCCUGUUAUUGAAUGAGCUUGGUGGCUUCACAAUAACAGGCCAACCUGUCUUCAGGAAAGUUCACGCUAGAGAACAUCCGAUUCCCUCUACUAUAAUCACCUUUGCAGAUGAGUAUGAUGACAAGCAGCCGCUGACCAGCAAAGAGGAAGAGGAGAGGCGCAUUGCAGAAAUGGGGCGCCCCAUCCUGGGAGAACAUACCAAGUUGGAAGUGAUCAUUGAAGAAUCCUACGAAUUCAAGAGUACCGUGGACAAGCUCAUUAAGAAGACAAACCUGGCCCUCGUGGUUGGGACCAACAGCUGGAGAGAACAGUUCAUUGAAGCUAUCACUGUCAGCGCGGGGGAAGACGACGAUGACGACGAAUGUGGGGAGGAAAAACUGCCCUCCUGUUUCGAUUAUGUGAUGCACUUCCUGACGGUUUUCUGGAAGGUUCUCUUCGCCUUCGUGCCCCCUACGGAAUACUGGAACGGCUGGGCGUGUUUCAUCGUGUCCAUCCUCAUGAUCGGCCUACUGACAGCUUUCAUUGGAGACCUGGCUUCCCACUUUGGCUGCACCAUCGGCCUGAAAGAUUCUGUGACUGCCGUCGUGUUCGUCGCACUGGGAACUUCUGUGCCAGACACAUUUGCCAGCAAAGUGGCAGCAACUCAGGACCAGUACGCAGAUGCAUCCAUAGGUAACGUCACUGGCAGCAACGCGGUGAAUGUCUUUCUGGGAAUCGGCGUGGCCUGGUCCAUCGCCGCCAUCUACCACGCAGCCAAUGGGGAACAGUUCAAAGUGUCCCCUGGCACGCUAGCUUUCUCUGUCACUCUCUUCACCAUUUUUGCUUUCAUCAAUGUGGGGGUGCUGCUGUAUCGGCGGAGGCCAGAGAUCGGAGGUGAGCUGGGUGGGCCCCGGACUGCCAAGCUCCUCACAUCCUCCCUCUUUGUGCUCCUGUGGCUGUUGUACAUUUUCUUCUCCUCCCUGGAGGCCUACUGCCACAUAAAAGGCUUCUAAAGGAACAAUCAGAUAUAGUAAAUUUAUAUAUAUAUACAUAUAUAUACAUAAAAAAUUAUGUAUAACGAACAGAGGAAACUGACAUUUGUCAUGUUCACCUACCUGCUGAUGGAAUCCAGCUUCAAGAGCAUACUCUGUACUAGGGCCGAAGUAAGAAAGUGUCACCUCCCAUUCCCAGGGCCAUCGUCGUGUUGAACGAGGCACAGAGGCAAGGCCCUCGUUACAGCUGGAAGGGCUGUACUCUCUCCAGGUUCACAAAUUGUUAAGGCUUUCAUUUGUUUUCUUGUUUUUGAUUUCGUUUUCAGUGGGAUUGGGGAGGUGGUUGAUCUUUGGCUCUUACUUUUGUUUUAUUUUGUUUUGUUUUGUUUUCUGUUGGGAGGGUCAGGGUUGUUGCUUCUCUUGGUGGGAGGUGAUGAACCAUCCAAAUGUAAAUGGUUUUUUGGUAAAAUUUUAAAUUUUAAGAUUCCCCUCACCUCCUCCAAACACUUUAAAAAUUAUUUUGGAUUAAGAAAGGAUCUGGGCGUGGAAGAAGAAAGAAGCAUGUCUUCAAUAUAUUACCAAAUUUCAAGCUUGUUUCCGGAAUGUGAGCCGAGGUGAAACUGCCUCCAAGAAGAAGCAUAGGAGCUAGAAUAGAGCCAGGAAAUGGGAUGGUUCUAGAUAUAGUCUGACAUUUAAGGGCAUGAUGCCUGGCACUCUUGUUCAACAGGUACAGAGAUAAUGUGCCUACAUUCCCAGGAACAUGCAAAAUCCUUUAUUUCUUAUCUCUUUAGUUCUGGACUGUGAUUAGCAAGGCCCUUAUUCUAGCAUUCCAGCAUUCCAGCCCAGCUAACCCCCUAAGUGUCCCAUUCCAACCCUCUUUCUCCUAUCCACCUGCCAUCCCCCCUGCAAACAGGAAGAAUGACCCCGUUCAAAGAAGCACAUCAUCCUUUUCCAUUUGCAUCAAUAUGUGUCCCAGUCCCACAUUGCUGUUGCCUGGGAUUGUCCGUCCGUUUUAUUUUCAAAAGCAUCCAUGGCUUGCACAAUCCUGUUCCAGUCAUAACUGAACCUUUGCUCCUUCUUCAUGUGCCUGUUUGGAAAUGUUGUUGUGAUACCUGUUACACAGUGCAUGGAUGAAAAACAAAUAAAACAAAACAAAGUGUAUCUGUACAUAGUAGAGUAUAGUAUAUACUGUUCUCCCAUUCAGCAACGUUGAUUGGACAUUGAAGACAUAAGUGAGUUUUCUUUUCACCUGAGUUGUUACUUUUGUGUUGUUACUGAGUUUGAUUAUUACUAGGGACAAAAGGAGAAAAAUGGCUUGUUGUUCAUGGAUCUGCACAUUCAUUUCUAAGAAGCAAUAACUGUUAGGUGGGGAGAAGUUAAAAUUAUUGAGACGAUAACAGGCAAACUACAAAGACCUUCGUGGAAGAUUAGCCAUGUGGAGCACAUCAGAGGCCUCUUAGAAUCACUCAUGAGUUCAGGAAGGCCACGGGGAAAGGCCUUGUAGAAAAGUGGAUGCAUUAGAUGUGCCUGGGCUUCCAGACCCACCCUUUCCACAACACCCUUCCCUCCAAAGUAUUUAUUUCACAUCUGCUCUGUCUGGCACAGAUGGUAGAUAGUGCUGGUUUGUUUGUUUUAUUUUUUUAUGUAAAAGGCUAUUUCGAGCCCCGUUUAUUUCACUGUCCAGUUUAGACCCUUCUGAUUAUAUUAGUAGUUUCUGACUCAGAAAGAAGCCAGGGUGACCAACAGGCCUUUAGACAUGCGUCUCCUCUACUUAGGAUGGAAGAAAAGGCAAUUCAGUGACAUUGGCGCCUCCUGGGAGGAUUGUACUGGGAGGUUUUUAACCCUUUGAAAGGAAUGGCUCUUUCAAUUUCAAAAUACCAAAGAACAUGGAUAAACCCAACAUUCCAAAGUAGUGAGUCCACUAAUGAGAAAAAAUAGAAUGACUUUGGUCACCUCUGAGAGACAUCUCUGUUUAUAAGGAAUCUCAGGAUGGAGACAUCCCUGGCCCUCUAGACUGAUUCAGAGAUACUUGAGAAAUUAAAGUUGUUGAGACUUAUUUUCUCUUCUUCCACUCAGUAAUCAUGAUCAUUCAACAUUUGAUAAACAUCAUUUCGUAAUUGAAUGAAUAAUUAAAUGCUAGUUACCCACUCAAUAUGCCAGGUGGUAUGAAACGUCCUGGGGCCUAAACCAUGAACACAACAGUCCAGAUCACACUGCCCUUGGGGGGAUUACAGUUCAUGUGACUGCAAUUAUCACGAGUUACGGUUAAGGCAGCCAUAUGAAAACAGUUUUGUCUUGCAAGGAAAAACACAAUUAUGAAACUUCUUUGACAUAAACACACUGAAACUGCACAAAUGCAAUUGCCUACAUAGCCAAGAUUUUCUUUAACUAAGAGAGUAUAAAGCAUAGGUUUGGAAAAGCACCCUCUUUAACACUGGCCAACAUGCAGACUUGUACAUCUUCCCAUUUUAAACCAAGAAGGGCAUUCAUGUCAAUGAUCCAAAUCACAGAAUGUGCAGUUAAUACCAGUUUUUAUCUUUGCUGUAAACAGUACUUUUUUAUGAGCCAUACCUUUAGGAUUCCUUAUCCAUCUUAGAGGCCCACCUGUCAUGGCCCACCAAUAUUGGUGACCUAAUUUUUUUGGGGGGGUGGGAGAACACACUUUAACCCUUCCUUUUUUUCCCCAGAGAUUUACUAAGUGGAAACCUAGCAUAGAAACACCAAGUAAAUAUAGCCAAGGGAUAUAAGUUGUUUAAACAUUAGAAAGAUUUUGCACUCAUUUCUUAGCCAUAUUAGGAAUGUCAGUAAUCCUGUAGCAAAUUUUCACAAAGGACUUUAAGAAAUUCUUGCUGUUGGUCAAUUUCAAUUUCAAAGCUCUUUGGUUUGUUUGCUUUUUAAAUUUUCAUGCUAUAGGAAAAUAUGAUUCUGGUUGUUCAGGGUUGUUAUUAAUUAUUAUAGUUGUGUAAAAUUAUUUCAUUUUAUUUGUUUGAUUAUUUUAUUUUGUGUGUAUUGUACACAGCUUUAGGGGGGAAAGUGCACUAAUUGUGCUGUUCCUUAUAAAUGGUACACAUUAUUGACACAGACAAAUAAAGUUUCUAAUUGUUUCUGAUUUAAUCACUAGUAAUACAGCAUUUUCUGUAUGGAAUGUUUUCGCUCUUCUCAUUGUCAUCUACUUCAUUUUCUGUUUUCAUGUUUUGAAGAAAUAAAGACCAAAAAGGUA